AUCUUUAAUGCAACGCAAUUGUACAUAAUGUUUCGCGCGCGCCACUUCCUCCAUCGUACGCCAUUUAAUGUAACCACGCGAUCCUGUCGGCAUACCCGCGCCCCUCUUGCACCCCUCGAACUCCCACUGCAAUCGAAGUUUCGGUGGUCGUACCUCUGGUAUGGUACCAUCCUCGCCCUAGGGAUAUCCACAGGCCUCGGCGCCCGGCAUUUUGCAGCACCGCUCGGCUUACCUGAACCUGGGUCGCGCGAUGAUGCUCUGAUAAUAGAGUCGCUGAACGCCGAUAUCGAUAAGCUGGACAUUGUGAGGGAGUUGAGGAAACAGAGCUAUAGCGUGCAUUCAGAUGUGCCUCUGUCGGGCGCGGCAGACGUAGAAGCACCGAAGGCAUGGCUGGAGAUAGAUCUGGGCAAGAGUGAGGUGGAGAAGGGCGGUCUACUGGGUACCAUGAGUGGGACAAGAGGACUGGGUGUGCAGAGGGCGUUCUGGAAUGCUGAGACGAGAGAAAUGGUCGCCGUGGUGUGGAUAGGUGGAGGAUUAUCAGGGUGGCCUGGUGUUGCGCAUGGAGGUGCGAUUGCGACCGUUUUUGAGGAAGCCAUGGCGAGGAUGGUUAGGGGACCCAAUGGGAACAUUGGUAGGUGGUCAGGCUGCAGAUAUCUGCUGUGCGCAGUGCUGAUUCGGAUGACAGAGCAAGUCCACCGCCCGACCUCGCUGAAAGUAACAUACGCAAAACCCACGUACAGCCUCGACUUCUAUAUCCUGCGCGCCUCAUUUGCCAAACCGAACCUACCCCAGACCGAGCCUGUACCAGAACCUGAGACCGAGCCCACAAAGUCAUGGCUAUCUUGGCUGUCACCGCAAAAGGACAUGACGAAGAAGUCGGAGCCUGGACAACUAAUUGAGAUAAUCGGGACGCUCGAGAGCGUGAAGGGUGACCUAUGCGUCAGGGCCAAGGGCACAUUUGCUGCUCCCGCGCUUGUGGGCUGAGAAAAGAGCUGUCGAUACAAUAGGUUUGAAGCAGAUAUGAAGCGCUAGGUGUAGUUGCGCUAUUUCGACAUUGCAGACAUGAGCGUAAUGCUGGCAGCACCCCUGCGGAGUCUCGUCUACAGCGACCUUGUUGUAAUAGUACACGGUAGACGUUGAGCCAAGAAAUAUCGUGAUUUUUCACGAACGAGUUCAAAGCCAACCACAAGCACCGGGUCCUAAUAGCCAUUAUGUAUCCUGGAAUUCUCAAUGGGCAUAAGGGCAGUCAUUGGCACUCAAGAGAAUUAACGAAGUUCAAA